GGUCACGUGGCCAGGGCGCCGCCAUGACGGCGGAAGUGGUGGCGGAAGUGGCACCGUUGCCAGGCAGCCGUUGUCAGGCGUCGCGGGGCGUGCUGUGCGCUGGGCGCGCGGAGGCCAAGGCGGGAAGCUCGAGCGGCGGCGCCAUGGCCCGAGCGUGGCAGCACCCGUUCCUCAACGUCUUCAGACACUUCCGGGUGGACGAGUGGAAGCGGUCCGCGAAGCAGGGGGACGUGGCCGUGGUCACGGACAAGACCCUGAAGGGCGCCGUGUAUCGCAUUCGGGGCUCAGUCUCCGCCGCCAACUACAUCCAGCUCCCUAAGAGCAGCACCCAGUCCCUGGGGCUGACUGGGCGAUACCUGUAUGUGCUCUUUCGGCCCCUGCCCAGCAAGCACUUCGUCAUCCACUUGGAUGUGUCCACCAAGGACAACCAAGUCAUCCGUGUGUCUUUCUCCAACCUCUUCAAGGAGUUUAAGUCUACGGCCACGUGGCUCCAGUUUCCCUUCGUCCUGGAGGCCAGAACACCUCAGACAGAUCUGGUGGGUUCGGCACCCCCUGGAGCCCGCUGGACCUGCCUGCAGCUCGACCUGCAGGACGUUCUCCUGGUCUACCUGAACCGGUGCUAUGGCCAUCUCAAGAGCGUCAGGCUGUGCGCCAGCCUGCUGGUCAGGAACCUGUACACCAGCGACCUGUGCUUUGAGCCUGCCAUCUCUGGGGCCCAGUGGGCAAAGCUGCCCGUGACUCCUAUGCCUCGGGAAAUGGCAUUCCCUGUGCCCAAGGGAGAGAGCUGGCAUGACCGCUACAUCCACAUCCGGUUUCCAAGAGACAGCUUGAAAGUGCCUUCCAAGCCGAUUGAGAAGAGCUGUUCCCCUCCUGAGACAGUCCUCCUGGGGCCGGGGCCGCAGCCUUUCCCUUGCCCGGUGGCCUCCAGCAAACCUGUGCGGUUCAGUGUGUCUCCAGUGGUCCAGAUGCCCAGCCCCACAGCCUCCGGCCGGGCCCCCUUGGCACCCAGGCCCUUCCUGGAGGUCAGCUUGUCCCAAGAGCGCUCAGACGCCUCCAAUGCGGAUGGCCCCAGUUUCCAUAGCCUUGAGUCCUGGGCCCAGGUGGAGGCCUCUGACGCCCACACGGCUGCUGCUGACACCCACGUGUUGACUCAUGAGUCGGCUGAGGUGCCUGUGGCCCUUGAGGACACCGGCUCCUGCGAGGGCUUCCUCCCAGACCCGGUCCUGAGGCUCAAGGGCGUCAUCGGCUUCGGGGGCCACAGCACCAGACAGGCCCUGUGGACCCCGGACGGGGCGGCUGUCGUGUACCCCUGCCAUGCGGUCAUCGUCGUCCUGCUCGUGGACACGGGGGAGCAGCGCUUCUUCCUCGGCCACACAGACAAGGUCUCCGCCCUGGCGCUGGAUGGCAGCAGCUCACUAUUGGCCUCGGCCCAGGCAAGGGCCCCCAGUGUGACGCGGCUCUGGGACUUCCAGACCGGGCAGUGCCUGUGCCUGUUCCAGAGCCCAAUGCACGUUGUCUGCUCCCUCAGCUUCUCUGACAGCGGGGCCCUUCUCUGCGGGGUUGGCAAGGACCACCACGGGAGGACGAUGGUGGUGGCCUGGGGCACCGGCCAGGUGGGCCUCGGUGGCGAGGUGGUCGUUCUGGCAAAGGCGCACACUGACUUUGACGUCCAGGCCUUCCGGGUCACCGUUUUUGAUGAAACCAGGAUGGCGUCGUGUGGGCAGGGCAGCGUGCGACUCUGGCGGCUGCGUGGCGGGGCGCUGCGUUCCUGCCCCGUGGACUUAGGGGAGUACCACGCGCUGCAGUUCACUGACCUCGCCUUCAAGCAGGCCCAGGACGGCUGCCCAGAGCCCUCGGCUGCCAUGCUCUUCGUGUGCAGCCGCAGUGGCCACAUCUUGGAGAUUGACUGUCAGCGCAUGGUCGUGCGGCAUGCCCGCCGCCUGCUCCCCACACAGACUCCGGGCGGCCCCCACCCGCAGAAGCAGACCUUCAGCUUAGGCCCCGGCAUUGCCAUCAGCAGCCUCAGCGUCUCCCCGGCUGUGUGUGCUGUGGGCUCUGAGGACGGCUUCCUGCGGCUCUGGCCCCUGGACUUCUCCUCGGUGCUCCUGGAGGCAGAGCACGAGGGCCCCGUCAGCUCAGUCCGUGUCAGCCCCGAUGGCCUCCGUGUGCUGUCUGCCACCUCCUCGGGCCACCUGGGCUUCCUGGACACGCUGUCCCGGGUGUACCACAUGCUGGCUCGCUCCCACACCGCCCCGGUGCUGGCCCUCGCCAUGGAGCAGAGGCGGGGACAGCUGGCCACCGUGUCCCAGGACCGCACCGUCCGCAUCUGGGACCUGGCCACCCUGCAGCAGCUAUACGACUUCACAUCAUCAGAGGAUGCCCCGUGCACUGUCACCUUCCACCCUACAAGGCCAACCUUUUUCUGUGGCUUUAGCAGUGGGGCCGUGCGUUCCUUCAGCCUGGAGGCUGCUGAGGUCCUGGUGGAACACACGUGCCACCGAGGAGCCAUCACCGGCCUGACCGCCACCCCUGACGGCCGCCUGCUCUUCAGCUCCUGCUCCCAGGGCUCCCUGGCCCAGUACAGCUGUGCAGACCCCCGGUGGCAUGUCCUCCGAGUGGCAGCGGACAUGGUAUGCCCGGAUGCCCCCGCGAGCCCCUGCGCUCUGGCAGUCAGCAGGGAUGGCCGCCUGCUGGCCUUCGUGGGACCCUCCAGGUGCACAGUGACAGUCAUGGGCUCAGCCUCCCUUGACGAGCUGCUGCGCGUUGACAUCGGCGCUCUGGACCUGGCCAGCGGCCGCCUGGACUCAGCCAUGGCUGUGUGCUUUGGCCCUGCAGCUCUGGGCCACCUGCUGGUAUCCACCUCGUCCAACAGAGUCGUGGUGCUGGAUGCUGCGUCGGGCCGCGCCAUCCGGGAGCUGCCCGGUGUCCACCCUGAGCCCUGCCCCUCCUUGACGCUCAGUGAAGACGCCCGCUUCCUGCUGAUCGCCACCGGUCGGACUGUCAAGGUGUGGGACUACGCGACACAGGCCAGCCCAGGCCCCCAGGUGUACAUCGGCCACUCGGAACCCGUGCAGGCUGUGGCCUUCUCUCCUGACCAGCAGCAGGUCCUCAGCGCAGGGGACGCCGUCUUCCUCUGGGAUAUCCUGGCCACUACUGAGAGCGAUCAAAGCUUCCCCGGGGCCCCCCCAGCCUGCGAGGCAGGCCCGGGCACAGGACCGCUGGAGGAUGCGGCGUCCAGGGCCAGCGAGCUCCCUCGGCAGCAGGUCCCCAAGCCAUCUCGGGCAUCUCCACCACGGCUAGGCGUCUGUGCCAGGCCUCUGGAAGGUGGCGAUGGUACCUUUUCCACGUCGGAUGAGGAAGGACCCUGUGAGGAGAGCUGUGACCCGGAGGGGCUUGGGCAGGCCUCAGGCCCACCUGUGCCCACGGAGGAGGAGGCCGGCAGGGCUGGAGACGGGGCCUGGGCUGCGGCAGUGGGCUCCUGGGGGCUUGCCCUGCCUCCCCGUCCCCCCGGCCAACCCCGUGAGCAGUGGAGGGCAGGGCAGGGACGCUGGUGCCGGUGCAGGGGCUUGAGGGCAGUCGGCGCCAGGGACACCAGGAAUUCGGGGACCCCACGCACCACCUACCUGGCUUCCUACAAGUCCUUCACGCCUGCCAGGGUCAGCUGCAGCCCCCACUCUGCCAAGGGCACUUCCCUGCCUCCCGCCAGCGGUGGAUGGCUGCGUCUGAAGGCUGUCGUUGGUUACGGCGGGAAUGGGCGGGCCAACAUGGUCUGGAGGCCGGACACAGGCUUCUUUGCCUACACGUGCGGUCGCCUGGUGGUGGUAGAGGACCUGCACUCUGGCGCUCAGCAGCACUGGCCCGGCCACCCUGCGGAGAUCUCCACGCUGGCCCUCAGCCACAGUGCCCAGGUCCUGGCCUCUGCCUCGGGCCACAGCAGCACGACCGCCCAUUGUCAGAUCCGCGUCUGGGACGUGUCUGGUGGCCUCUGCCAGCAUCUCAUUUCCCACCAUAGCACCACCGUGCUGGCCCUGGCUUUCUCACCAGAUGACAGGCUUCUUGUCACAUUGGGGGACCACGACGGCCGCACCCUCGCCCUGUGGGGCACGGCCACCUAUGACCUCGUGUCCUACACCCGCCUCCCGGAGCCAGUGCAUGGCGUGGCCUUCAACCCCUGGGAUGCCGGCGAGCUCACCUGUGUGGGCCAGGGCACUGUCACCUUCCGGCUCCUGCAGCAGCGCGGGGCAGACGUCAGCCUUCAGGUGCAUCGAGAGCCGGUCCCAGAGGCAGUGGGGGCUGGAGAGCUGACCUCGCUCUGCUACGGGGCACCCCCCCUGCUCUACUGUGGCACCAGCUCUGGCCAGGUCUGUGUCUGGGACACGCGUGCCGGCCGCUGCUUCCUGUCCUGGGAGGCGGACGACGGUGGCAUUGGACUGUUGCUGUUCUCAGGCUCUCGGUUGGUCAGCGGCAGCAGCACAGGGCGGCUGCGCCUGUGGGCCGUGGGGGCUGUGUCGGAGCUGAGGUGCAAGGGUUCAGGCGCCAGGUCCAGUUCUGUGUUCAUGGAACACGAGCUGCUGCUGGACGGGGCUGUGGUGAGCGCCAGCUUCGAUGACAGCGUGGACAUGGGCAUCGUGGGCACCACGGCGGGCACGCUGUGGUUUGUCAGCUGGGCCGAGGGCACCAGCACGCGUCUCAUCAGUGGCCACAGAAGCAAGGUGAACGAGGUGGUCUUCAGCCCCGGGGAGUCCCACGGCGCCACAUGCAGUGAGGAUGGGAGUGUGCGAGUGUGGGCCUUGGCCAGCAUGGAGCUUGUGAUCCAGUUCCAGGUGCUGAAUCAGAGCUGCCUCUGCCUUGCAUGGAGCCCCCGGUGCUGUGGCCGCCCUGAGCAGCAGCGGCUAGCGGCAGGCUAUGGUGACGGCUCCCUGCGCAUCUUCAGCGUCUCCCGCACGGCCAUGGAACUCAAGAUGCACCCCCACCCGGUGGCGCUGACCACUGUUGCCUUCUCCAGUGAUGGUCAGACUGUCCUCUCUGGAGACAAGGAUGGGCUCGUGGCUGUGAGCCACCGCUGCACAGGGACGACUUUCCGUGUGCUGAGUGACCACCAGGGCGCCCCAAUCUCUACCAUCUGUGUCACAUGCAGAGAGUGUGGAGACUUAGGGGUGGAGGGCACAGACCUAUGGCUGGCUGCCAGUGGGGACCAGCGGGUCAGCGUCUGGGCCUCCGACUGGCUGCGGAACCGCUGUGAGCUCGUGGACUGGUUGAGUUUCCCAAUGCCUGCCACCACGGAGACUCAGGGCCACCUGCCACCCUCCCUCGCUGCCUUCUGCCCUUGGGAUGGGGCGCUACUGAUGUACGUGGGCCCUGGUGUUUACAAGGAGGUGAUCAUCUACAACUUCUGCCAGAAGCAGGUGGUGGAGAAGAUACCACUGCCCUUUUUUGCCAUGUCCCUGAGCCUGUCCCCGGGGACCCACCUCCUGGCUGUUGGCUUUGCUGAGGGCAUGCUGAGGCUGGUAGACUGUGCCACGGGGAUUGCUCAAGACUUUGCCAGCCACGACAAUGCAGUGCAUCUGUGCAGGUUUACACCGUCCGCCAGGCUGCUCUUCACAGCCGCCCGCAACGAGAUCCUGGUGUGGGAGGUUCUCGGCCGCUGAGAUGCAGCAGGGACUGUGGUGCUGGGCAUCACGGCUGGUCACGCCAGGCACCUGGACACAGGCUUGGCAGAGAAGCCAGGUUGUCAAUGGGCCUCAUGCUGGGACAGGCCAGGAUCAUGUAAAUCUCCUGGAUCAAGCUGUUGUAAAUUUGGCGACCUGAAAAUACUUUAAUACCUGUUGCCCUUUUGCCUAAGAAAUUUUUAAUGUUUCUAUCUUGUAAUAAACAUGGGCAUUUAUUGCA